GUUUUUCACCACACAAUCGAUCAUCUUCUUCAUUCAUCCCAAGAUGGCUAAUCUUUGUGUGAAAAACAAUCUUCUGACACUUGUUGUUGUCGCAAUAAUCUUAGCAGGAGUGGUGCCCGGAUAUGUAAAGGCUCAAAACUGUGGCUGCGCCGCCAAUGAAUGUUGCAGCCAAUACGGCUACUGUGGCACCAGCAGUGACUAUUGUGGGCAGGGGUGCAGAGAAGGCCCUUGUACUGGUGGAUCCCCUACUACGCCUACUUCGAGCGGCGUUUCGGUGGCGGAUGUUGUGACGUCAGAUUUCUUUAACGGGAUACUUAAUCAGGCCAGUGGAGAUUGUGCAGGGAAGAGCUUCUACACCAGGACAGCAUUCCUUGAUGCUCUUAACUCGUAUACUCAGUUCGGCACUACUGGUACUGCUGACGAUUCUAAGCGUGAGAUUGCUGCUUUCUUCGCCCAUGUCACGCACGAGACUGGAUCUUUUUGCUACAUAGAAGAGAUAAACGGUGCUUCCCAGGACUACUGCGACGAGAGUAAAACACAGUAUCCAUGCAACCCAAACAAAAAAUACUAUGGCCGUGGACCUCUUCAAAUAACCUGGAAUUACAAUUAUGGACCAGCCGGAAAUAGCAUCGGGUUCGACGGAUUAAACUCUCCUGAAACAGUGGCCACAGAUGCUGAUAUUUCGUUUAAAACGGCCUUGUGGUUUUGGACGCUGAAUGUUGAGCCAGUCCUAAGCCAAGGGUUCGGGGCAACAAUUCGGGCGAUUAACGGGGCAAUUGAAUGCAAUGGUGGAAACUCUGGUGCUGUCCAAUCUCGCAUCCAGUAUUACACUCAAUACUGUAACCAAUUCGGUGUUUCUACCGGUGAUAAUCUCAGUUGCUAGGAUCCAUAAUCCUCUCUUUUCUGGGUUACAAAGAAAUAAAGAAUGCCAAUUCUAAUAAAUUAGGUUAAAGAGAACUUCUUUCUCUUCUUGUAUUGCCCACACUCUUUAUGGGCAUUCGAUGACCUCAUAAAUGAAAGAAAUAAAGAUUACGUAUUAUAAUUUGCUUUUA